CGGAAAAUAAAGACAAGCUGCAAAAAAAUCUCUGAAAAACGAGGGUCGUGAGAGAUAGAGGAGUGAGAGUUUUUGUUUGCGUUGAACCUGAGGGAGUGACGUGCAAAGUGAGUGAAUGGGUCACAAAGGAAUGAGUGAGCGCAAGCGAGAUGUUCUAUGAGAAGGAAUUUGAGGCUCUACUUGUCAAGUGGUAUCAUAAGGUUUCUCGCACUCGGCGGAGAUCGUACGAUCACGAAUUGGCUUUGCAUGACGCAACUAGAAUAACCGCUCAGCGUGCUGAAGUUGGUUUCUUUUUUUCCUUUUUUUCGGACGACCACUGAGGUUUAAGUAAUGCUAGAUGUAUUUCAAGAAGCGAUCUUCCUCUUCGCACAACCGACAUCCCACUCAAACGACAGGCAACGAAAUUAAUUUACGAAGGGUUUUCGCGGUUUGUUCUCUGCUUCUCGUUUUCUGCCUUAUGAUUUCUUGAGUUGUUCCGAGUUUUGCUCGACCUGCUUUUAAUUCAUGUAUGUAUGUAAGAUGUUUUUUUCAAUAUCAAAAGACAAGUUGGUUUUGAUAUGGAUGAUGAGCACCAUCAGCGACGCGGUCGGACGCUCGGUGACUACUCUGGAAGCAAGUGACGCUUUUUGCCAACAACUCUUCGGCGCCUGGCGCGACUAGCAGGUCGUCUUUUCGGAGCGCGGCAAAAACCCGGGAGAAUUGAGUUUUGCACAUCUUACGGGAAGAUAUUAUUCAACCGAGCGCGGUACAACGAACUACCACACCAGCACUCCGUGCAGCCACGACGAGCAAGAUCGCAAGAGACCAUGACCAAAAUAACCGCAUUGACAGCUUCACUGCAUUUUUCAACAUGACCGCAUCUUCUUCUACUCCUUCAAAUUAUAGUACUGCCGGCCACGCGCACGCCACACCCACCUCCUACAGUGGCGUCCCGUCCGACCUGAAAGUGAAAGAUCCGCAGUCCUGGAGCGGAAGCGACGUCGCUUGUUGGUUGCAAUGGCUGGGCUUCGGUGUCGGGACCAUUCCGAGGCAUCUGGACGGGCCAGGGUAAGACAUUAAGUGUUUUUUUUCUCGUCAUGCAGUCGCUCGAUGCAGUUGCAGUACUUGUUUUCUACUACUUCCGUCUGAAAUGUAUCAUGUAUUUGCAUGUUCCUAUCGCUUCUGACAUUGCAAUUUUUUUUGAUGAAACUUCUGCAGUCUCCUGCGCCUAGUAACCUCCGACGGCCGCGGCGAGAACGGUCGUGGCGACGCCUUCUGGUCUCGGCUGAACGGGCGGGAGAAAUCGAUGCUGCGCAGCGCCAUUGCGCCGCUCUUGAUGCAACAGGAGGUUGAAGUAGACCAGGGACAAGUAGACGACGUGGAGGCUGGUGCGGCAACGAAUAGCCCAGCAAUGAUGAACCGCGGGGGGCAUCGACGUGUGGAGAACAAGCGCGAUCUUGGUCCACGACCUCGGGGAACCACUACGGGUACAACCACAGAAACUACAGCUUCAGCCGGAUCAGAGACCGAUAGCGCGACAGGUCAACAUGGUCGUUCAGGCGACCACGACGACCCAGAACGAAUAGAACAACACAUGAGUCAUUUUUCGACGAAGAACUUGGCAGGAGGAUCUCGAUCUUCAGGCUCCAGAGCAGCUGGCGCCCCCGGCGAUUCGAGUGCUCUUAAAAACCUGUCAAGUAGUCCAAAGCGAAGUAGGAACAAUGUUAAUCAGAACCAGCAGGGCCUACUUUCAGCGACUCCUUUAUCCUCUGCAAAGAAGAGCCGAACCAAGAAAAAGCUGUCGCACUCCCCCGACGCGAAACUUUUCCGGAACGAUGGGACCGCGACGGGGCACAGGACUAACACCAGCGUGGCGGCGCUGCAAAUCCAAGCCACGAACCCGGACUCUUUGCUGCUCCGGGCCAUCGAGGGGCCGUUGGUGGGAGAUGGCCAGAACAGUAGUAAAGACUGCUCUGUUCGGCUUUAUAGCGAGCGGAUGCGGCAGCAGUUGUUGGCUCAUCAAGAAGGAACUACAACAUCGUCAAGAGCAAAUCUGAAAAGCUCGAUCACAGCGGGCCGACACUCCGGGCAGAAUGAGCUGGUGAUUCCAGAGUCUUUUGUCAGCCGGAAGCACUUCCGUGUGUUGCACCAAGACAGCGGCCUGGCGGACGAGGAGGUUACUUCUACAACUAGCCCCUUGAUCUCCUCCUGCGUAGACCCGCUGGACGGCCACGACGAUUUGCAAGAUCCCACCCAUUCCUGCUUCUCCCCUUGGCGCGUGCAGGAUCUGGGGUCGACGACCGGUACCUUUUUGAUGAUCCGGGACCAGAUUUUCCUCAAGGAAGGCAUGACGAUUCAGAUCGGCGCUACGGAGCUGCAGAUUUUUUUCGUGCCGAAAUGCGAACUGGAAGAAAUCUUCGGCAGGCUGGAGGACGGAGAGUUGACGGAGGAAGAGGAACUGCAAAUCUUCGAGUCCGCCUUGCGGGGAGGCGGGGGCAAGAAUCGUACAACAAGCAGUGAACAAUUUACUCCUGGCGGAUCACGAGAUCAACCGCGUGACCACGUUGAGGACGAGUUGACGCUUCUUUGCUUUGUGCAGUCCAGCACAGCGGAGAACUUCAGCAUUGCCAGUUCCUUCCGACUCGCCGACUCCGACUCGGUUGUUGAGCUAUCCGUUGCGGGAUCUUCUUCUUUCUCGUCUGGUGGGAGUAGUGUAGCAUUAUCCACCCUCCACGGUGGGGAUGAAAGGCAAAGAGGAAGCAGAAACUGCAAAAGAACCGUCGAAAUCGUGCCCAGUCGCACGCUGUACUUGACCAAUGCGAGGAAGAAUCGGGAGAGGGUGAUCACGAUCGGGCGCGACCCAACCAACGUUUUGGCAAUCCAGGACAAGCAGCUCAGCACGUUUCACGCAAAUGUCCAUUUGGUGGUCGGAGGGAAUACGAGUACAGAACGUGCGACGCGAGCGAAGACGAGGGAGACCGUGGAAGGGAGAGGUACGUUAGUUUCUCUUUUCGUUUGUUCGUUCUGCCGUGGUGUGCAAGUGCUGUGUAUGUGUUUGACUGCGACACGCAGCGGCUCAUUGAAGUAGGUAGCUGUCAUGCUUUAUUUUCACGCAGAACAAAACGAAGACACAAUAGCACACGCACGACAUAUUAGUAGACAAGUCACAGAGGAAUUUUUCACAUACGAUUUCUUUCUUUUCCCCAGGUUCUUCACCAACCCCGUCGACCCGAUUCAUGCUUACGGAUCGCUACUCCACGAACCGCACCUGGUUGCGGUUGUCCGAGGACGGACAGGUGUCCGACCCGUUCGUUUUCCGAGUGGGAGACGUGCUGAAAGUCGGCAGCUCGCUCUUCAUGCCCUUCGAUCCGGACCACCUCGUGCAAGAAGAUAAUUUCGGUGCUAGUAUUAACGAAGGACAACGUGAACUUACGGAUAGGGUACUACUUCUAGAUGGUCGUCGUGAAAACAACAACAAAUCCUCGUCCUCUUCCUCCUUUCUUCACGAUUUGGUGUUGGAGAGCGAACGGGAGCUGCAGGCGAAAAACGACGAAGAUUUGGACUUUUUCUACACGCGCAGAAUGGAAGACGAGCGUGGGGAACUGCGGGAGUGGAGCAGAUUGGGGGAGAAGGACGAGCACGCUGUGCUAAACAGCAAUAAUGGGAAGAGUAGUGCUGACAUGAACGCAAUAUUGAACGCGAGGACCGGUGGGGGAGGCGGCUCGAGUUCUAGUUCUAGCUCGUCGUCUUCCAGCACGACGCGCACAGGGCCACUGGAUCAGCAAAUUCAUGAUGGUAGAGCAAAUUAUCCGUCAAGUAGUUCGAGCUCGUCCUCUUCAUCAGCAACUACAGGGUCAGGCGAGAGACCCCAGCACGGGAAUGACAAUGAGCCACAGCAAGAACCACAACCACAACACCCGCCCUACGCAGCUUCUUCAUCGGCUGCCGCCACCUUCAACAGUCGCGUGUCCUUCGCAAUCACCUCGGAGCAGUGGCAUCUGGAGCAGGAGUCACGGGAACAGCAACGCCUUUGGGACGAGGCGAAGCGCCGGGCCCUGUUUGACGGGAUGCAAGAGGAAGAAAAUUUGCGCGAUGUCGUGCUGGGAGACGAACGAACUACAAAUAAUGGUGCUACUACAACCUCCGCGUCAGCAGCACCAUCGUCUGUUCCUGCAGGAGACGGUCCUCCGCGGCCUUCGAGACCAGGAGAAACGGAUGCGAUUGGGACAAUCAAUGUUCCGUCGGGGGUCGUCCAUCCCCUCCCCCCGACUGGAGCGAUAGCUUCCUCCUCUACAACUACCUCAGGCACCUCCGCAGCUGCGCUGGGUGCGAGCCCGAGCCGCCCGCGCAGGAACAACAAUUACGGAAAUAACAACGGCCAGGAGAAUGCGGUGAACAUUCUGCGAGGAGUCUUGCCCGACGUGAUUCUCCCGCCCGACGACUACGCCGACAAGCUACGGAGGUCCCGGAUCGGGCAGCGCAGAAACAUCCCGCCCGACGACGUAGCCAGAAUCGAACGAAAUCAGAUGAAUAGUAGAGGUGCAGGAGCAACGCCGGCCUCGGCCAGUGGUCGUGCUAGUGCUUCCUCUUCGCGAGGAGGUGGCGGCAACAAUUUUCUGACGCAGUUUCAGCAGGAUUUAGAGGAGGACGCGAACCGAAGGCGUCAGGAGGAAAAUCAGCGCCGAAUCGAGGAGGAAAGGGUUCGCCGAAGUACUUCUAGAGCAGGAAUCAACAACGCGUCGUGGUCAACCUCGAGUGCCGGAACUACUACACAACUGGCUGAGGAGAAUUAUCGCCACGAGGAUUCUUCAACAGCGCGGAACGCGCAUCAGCUGCACGAGGAUCGUGAUUCCGCGUGGACAGGAACAACUGCACACGGAGGAGGUGGAGGACCACGAGAGGUGCAACAUGAUGCAACCCCGACAGUUGCAGCUACUGCGAACACGGCCCAAGUAGAACAAGAGCCCCCGCCACCACAACCCCUUCCGGAAGAUGAUCCCAACCGUAUCGUAAGGAAAAAUCCCCCCUCCCCAUAUCGAAAAGGCACGCCCCAGAAAAUUUGUCAUGCUAAUUUGUGACCUCAAAUCGUCUCUGUCUUGCAAGAACGCAACCGCACAGGCUCUGCCGCACUCUGUUGGCGGUUUGUGAUGCUGUUGGGCCUACAGACUACACGUUUGCCAUGCUCAGCGCCUAGCUCAAAACUUCCCAGCUCGGGCUUGGUAUAAGCCUGCCGUCCUCUCCAGCAAGACAAAUCUGAUUUGUGUACGCAAAUCCAGCAUCAGAAACUUCGUUUUGAUAUGGGGAGGGGGGAUUUUUCCUUUUGAUAAACCGCCUAGACCGGCUUCAGCAGCGGGAGGAUGAGAAUUUGUGCAAGAUUUGUUUCGAUGGCGAGCUGAAUUGCUGUUUGUAUCCGUGUGGGCACGUGGUUUGCUGUCAGAAAUGCAGCAAGCAAAUCACAGAAUGCCCGGUUUGCCGGUACACCAUCUCCGAAGUGAUAAAAUUGUUUCGAGUGUAGGAUCAUCAGUUUGAGUCUGAUAAGUUUCAUCUCUGAAUUCAAAAAUGUUUGAGCAGUUGCUAUUGCAAUUGGUCGUGUGUUUCGCUUUUUGUAGAGCAAAAGCGGAAGAAAUUAUCUAUUGCAUAAUUUUCGUUGGGCCGAAACAGCGUUAGGGUAGCUUCCCCGGAGACGGAAGGUUUUGUUCGUAUAGCUUUCUCUUUUGUUGCGCU